AUGAGGGACACCUCCUCCUCCUCCUCCUUCCUCGUCGAACCAUUGUACAGCUUCAUCCACCAUCAGGCAACUUCAUCAUCAACAUCACCACCAACAUCACCACCCAUCAAACACCACUCUCCAGACUUCUACAUGCUUUACUACCACCCCGACAAUAGCACCGCUCACCCUUGUGCUUCGGCUGCUCUGUCUCAUUACACCAACAACCACAUCAUGACUGCCCCAUCUAACAACCACAGAAGAGGCCCUUGGUCUGCCCAUGAGGACGCCUACCUCAUGUCUUUGGUCCAGCACCAGGGCCCCUUGAACUGGGUACGCAUCUCCAAUGCCCUCGGCUCCAGAACACCAAAGCAGUGCCGCGAAAGAUAUCACCAGAACUUGAAGCCUACUCUCAACCACGACCCCAUCACGCCCGAGGAAGGCGUCAUCAUUGAGACCAUGGUCCAGCAAAUUGGCAAGCGGUGGGCCGACAUUGCCAGACGUCUCCACGGCCGCAGCGACAACGCUGUAAAGAACUGGUGGAACGGGAGCCAGAACCGCAGAAAGAGACAGGACAAGCGCAAGGCCACAAUGACCACCACCUCGCUCCAGUAUCACGGCCGCGAGGUAUCUCCGCUCAUGUCGCCCAUGGCCCCCCUCCCUUCGCGGCCCCUUCCCCUUCGCCAGGCCCACGGCAUGGCUUCCCAGAGACCUUUACCUCCGGUGCCGCCUCUUCACCCAUCCUCCAUGCACGAUGCCCAGUACGGGCUCGAGACUCCCAUCCCUUCCCCCGUCUACUCUCCCGACUCGGAGGCGGCCCCCUCUCUGAUGUCGGACAACGGAUCCCACUACGGAGCCUCACCCCAGGCGCCCUCCCCACCGCAGCGCUACUACGACUCGAGGCCCGAGAGUACCAUGCUUGCUCCUCUCAAGACAGCCCCCGAGGAUGGAGUGUACUCUUACCAGACCUCUGCCUCUGCCGCGGACAACAGCAACAACGGCAACAACAGCCACAAGCUGCCAUCUCUCACCGACGCCGCUCACCCAAUCCACUCCCCAGACUUCAGACUCAACAUGUCUCCCGUCUUCCCCCGCAGCGACUACCCCAGACAGCCUCUUGCCUAUGGCGCUCCUGCUCCCCAGACCAAUGACUACUCCACCGGCCGCCAGCACCACCACCCCCUUACUGCCCCAAGCUCUCCCAACGCCCCGGCUUCCACUUUCAAGCUGAGCGACCCCGGACUGAGCGCCGUCAGCAGAAUUGAGGAAAGAGUCAACAGACUUUCAGUCUCCAACCUGGUUGACCCAUCCCUCCCUUAGUUCGGGGAUGCUGCACCUGCGAGUCCCAGACCAAAGAACAAGACUCUUGAGCAAUAACACAAAAAAAUGACACGACUUUGGAUGAGGGGCAAACAAAAACAAAAGACGGGACUUGCAAGGUUUUGCAUAGCGAGUGGCUUUCUUCCCCUGGGUUUUAUAUUCUUUUUCUUUUUCUUUUCCUUUGUCGACAAACCUGUGUUUAUACUGAUGAUACCCCGUCCAUACGAAUUGGUCCCUUGUUUUACAUUAUUCUUUUCCUUUGUUAUUUUCAUUUUUACUUUGUACAUUUUUUUCUUUUUGCUUUGGUCUGCAAGGGUUCAUUCUUGGAUAACAUGCAUAUACUCUAUUGAUUUGAUGGGUGGUGGGGGGAACGACUUUCUGUCAGGGAGGUUGGAUGACAUGAGCGCAUGAAGGAAAGGAAAAAGCGAUGUGGACUACCAUGUAUAAUAAUUACCGACU